UAUGAACACAACGGAAGAGCUCUCCCCUGGAUACAGGCAUACAGCACAGCGCAUAGAGAGAGAGAGAGGGGGAGAGAGAGAGAGAGAUUCUCCUCUCCUUAGUUCCACCAGGCCAUCAUCCUGCAGUCUCCUUGCUCCGCCGCCCAUCCCAUACGUCGUCUUCUUCUCAUGACCUCUCUCGUGCUGCAAUCCGCCGCCGCCGACGCCUCACACCUCUCGCGGCCAUCGCCGCGCCUGUAGCCUGUUUCUAUGUCACCGCGUCGUCGCCUCCCUGCGCUAUCCAACCCUGACCCUGCAAUUUUGGGCAUUGGUUUUCGAGGUUCUCUGAUCUGCUAGAUGAAGGAUUAAUACCAUUGGCCCCAAGGAAAUCCUAAGAGAGAGGACAGCUCGCAUUUUUUUUUACAUAAUUAAGGUGAAAUUAUAGGCACAGUAGCAAAUGGCAGCGAUCAUGUUAUGCACCUGCAGCGGGGACCAAUCCAAGUUUGAAGAGAUGCCCCGAUCGCCAGAAUCUCUUGCAACACGGGAUUUCUCAGCAAAUGGUUCUUCGAGAACAGGAAAUCGAGAAGCAACGCCUGAUGAUAGCCAAGUAAAUGAAGUGGAGUCAGACCUAAGAGAGACGCUCUCACUAAAUUAUGAGGAGGCCCGGGCAUUGCUGGGUAGACUGGAAUAUCAGAGAGGAAAUUUUGAAGGAGCCUUGCAAGUUCUUCAGGGAAUUGAUAUAGGAAGCCUGAAACCAAGAAUGACCAGCGCUAUUACUGAAAGUGUCAAGCCUAAAGUUUCUCCUCGUUCUUCAAGAAGGAAAACCUCGCAAGUGAACGGAAUGUUAAUGCAUAUGUCCAUGCAUUCUGUAAGUUUGCUUCUGGAGGCCAUAUUGCUUAAAGCAAAAUCCUUGGAAAGUCUUGGUAGAGUGACAGAUGCUGCAGAACAAUGCAGAAUCAUCAUAGACAUUGUAGAAUCUGCAUGGCCUUGUGGUGUUCCAGAAGGUGCUUCCGAAGAGUGUAAGUUGAUUGACAUGUUCCACUCAGCUCUGGAAUAUCUUCCUAACCUAUGGAUGAGAAGCGGUUGUUUUGAGGAGGCCAUAAUUGCAUAUCGGAGAGCUCUUGCAAGGCCUUGGAAUUUGGAUUCUCAAAGGUCUGCCAACUUACAAAAAGACUUAGCAGUGACUCUGUUGUACUGUGGUAUUGAAGUGAAGUUUCCUCAAGAGUUCAAUCAACAACAAAACCUGGUAACCCCUGAGAACAACAUCGAGGAAGCAAUUUUGCUUUUGUUCGUACUUAUAACAAAGUUAGCAUCCCAAGAAAUGAAGUGGGACCCUGACCUCGUAAACCAUUUGUUGUAUGCACUGUCAUUAUCUGGGCAUUGUGAAAUCUUGGCCAGGCAUCUAGAAAUGUUGUUGCCUGGAACCUAUAGCCGAUCAGAAAGAUGGUAUAUUCUCGCGCUUUGCUACAGUGCAGCUGGAAUGGAUGAUAGUGCCUUAAACAUUAUAAGGAAUGGUUUCCGUGUGUUACAAAGGAAGGGAAAGCCUCAUAUUCCAUCUCUUCUUUUAGGAGCCAAACUAUGUUGUAAGAACCCAAAGCAUGCUUCUGAAGGAAUAAAAUUUGCAAAUGAGGCCAUGAAGUCUUUCAGAAGUCAUGAUAUACAUCUCAUCGGUAUUGUAAACCAUUUUCUUGGUGUUUGUUAUGGACCUUUUGCUAGGUCCUCCACUUCUCACUCAGAAAAAAUGAGAUUGCAAGAUGAUGCACUGAGGUUCUUACAGGAUGCUGCUGCAAUGGCGAAGUAUAAUCCUGACAUACUGUAUAGCCUUGCUUGGGAAAAUGCAAUGCAGCGCAAACUAAAUGCGGCUGUUGAAAGUGCAACCAAAUGUCUUGAAAUGGUGACAGGAAGUUCAGUUAUUACCUGGAAGUUGUUGAUUCUAGUGUUAUCGGCGCAGCAGAAUUUACAAGAAGCCGAAGCAGUAGCAAAUAUUGCACUAGAUGAGGCUGAGAAAGAGGACCAAAUGGAUAUUUUGAGGCUAAAAGCUCAAAUUCAGGCCUCCCGUGGACAAUUCAAGUCUGCAGUGGAAUCUUUGAGGAUUUUGCUUGCAAUCAUUGAAGCAAAGAAGGAAGUCUGGAAAUUGACCCCUUAUGAGAAGGUUAAAUCAAUACAUAAGUUAGAGAUGGAAGCAUGGUUAGAUUUGGCUUCAAUAUACACAAAGCUUGAAGCUUGGCAUGACUCAAACCUAUGUCUUCACAAAGCAAAAUCAAUCAAUUUCUUUUCAACCAAGUGCUGGCAUGUCAAAGGCCUUAUAUUGGAGGCUCAAUCCAUGCACCAAGAUGCCCUUGCGGCAUUCUCAUUCUCCCUCUCCAUCGAUCCAGACUAUGUCCCUAGCAUGGUUUGUAUGGCAGGGAUUCUAAGAAAUCUUGGAGGGAAAUCGUUGUCCAUUGCAAGAACUAUCCUGCGCAGUGCCAUCCGGUUAGAGCCGACAAACCAUCAAGCCUGGCUGGGGCUUGGACUUGUCUUGAAAUCUGAAGGAUCACUGGUCGAGGCUGUGGACUGCUUCCAGGCAUCAUAUGAGCUCCUAGAAUUGUCGCCAAUUCAGGACUUCUCGGAGCAACUCCCCAUCUUGCUGCAUUAGGAGCCCAUUGCAUUGCCAAAUUGCACAGGUCUUACUGUAGAAAUUCUGUCUUCUCAUUGUGUCCGUCUCUACAAGCGGUAAAUUAUGUGAAUGUAGGUAUAUAUAUUUCCUUAGCUGGAAAUCCUUACCCAAUUUUGUUCUAUGAGAGAAACACAAAUGGUAAAUUAUGUCCAUUUUUGUUCAUGUUGCAACAGUGGGCGUUAUUUGCUGGACAUCCUUACCAAUUUUAGUC